GUUGCUAUUCGUGUGCACAGGACGCCUCAACACGCCGCAACUGAUCCGUGACGUGUCGCUGGUGGACUCGAAUCGCAGCGAGUUCACCUCCCGCCACAGCCUCGAGUGGAAAUUUCUUUUUCUCGACCACCGCGCACCCCCCAUCAUAGGAUACCUCCCCUUCGAAGUACUCGGAACUUCUGGUUAUGACUACUACCACUUCGACGACUUGGAGAAAGUCGUAACGUGUCAUGAGGCGUUGAUGCAAAAAGGAGAGCUGACAUCGUGCUAUUAUCGAUUCCUGACCAAAGGCCAGCAGUGGAUUUGGCUGCAGACGCGUUUCUACAUCACCUACCACCAGUGGAACUCUAAGCCUGAGUUCGUCGUGUGUACACACCGCGUAGUUAGCUGCACAGACAUAGCUAAGAGCAUGAAGCAGGAAGGCGCCGAGGCGGAAACCGUAAGCGAGGCGGAGAUGAACCGCGGCGUCAUGAUAGAGGCGCCCGCCGAGGAGGCCGCGGCCGCCAUGUCGCCGCCCUACAUGAACGAGGGCGGGGACAACUUCCCCAACACGUCCUACCAGCCCUUGUCGCAGCCCGCCUCAGUGAAGUCUGCCUCGGCGGGCAGCACGUCGGGCACCGUAGUCACGUGCACCACGGCCACGGCGGGCGCGUCGUGGGCGCGCACCCCGCACGCGCGCUACACCGGCGGCUCCGACACCGCCUCGCUGUCCGGCGAGUCGCGCUCCUCGCAGCGGAACAACCAGCGUGAGGUCCAGCGCGAGCCACAGAUGGUGUUGCAGGUGGUGGAGCCGACGCUGGUGCCGCAGCACGGCAUAGGUGCGCAGUACCUCGAUCCGUCGCCAUACGUGGGCGUGGCCGGCGCGGUGGGCGUGGCCGGAGCGGUGGGCGUGCCUGGCGUUAUGCCGCUGCCGUUGCCGCCGCUGCCGGUCAUCGUGUCGCAGGAUCAGGCGCAGAUGCAGUGGCCGUGGCAGGAGCAGUUGCAACGCAAGCACGAGGAGCUGCAGCAGAUGAUCGUGAGGCAGCAGGAGGAGCUGCGCCAGGUCAAGGAACAGCUGCUGCUGGCCAGGCUGGGGAUACUGCAGCCGCUUAUAAACGUGCCACACGCAUACGUCAGCCCGGACGAAAUGCAGCAGCGUCUCCCAGCACAAAUGGCGUACGAGACGAACCAGGCCCGCGCGCUGGAGUACCCGCAGCAGCCGCAGCAGCAGCAGCCGCAGCAGCAGCCGCAGCAGCAGCAACAACAGCAGCAGCAGCAUCAGCAGCAGCAACAGCAGCAGCAGCAGCAACAGCAGCAGCAGAUGCAGCAACAACAGAUGCAACACCAGCAGCUCCCGCCGCACAGCGGUGGGCGUCACCCUCACAUGCAACAGUAAAGCUCCGACUGUUUUUACACAGGCACUUUGUUAAAGUUGCAUUUUAUGUACAUUUUACACUUGUUUCCUGACCUUUGUUAAGCUUGUUAUGCGAGUUGACAUUUUUCAUCGUUUUUGGACCAUAAACAACGCAAUGAAGUUUUAAAUAAAAAAAAUAUAAUGAAACUAUCAGUUUCGAUACGGCUUAUCUACAAUAUUACAUGAUUAUUUUUCUCUUUUCUUCCUAUAGGACUUGAAGUACACUCAACAUCAAAUAAAUCGCACCUUCCGCGACGCGAACU